GAGAAUAGAGAGAACAAGUAAAAGUCAACCGAGGUUGAGGGUGAUACUUACGUAGGAGGGAAAUUGGACUUGGAAGCGCGUUCGCAAUCGCAGGAAUAGGAAAUGGAAGGAUCAGGAUCAGGAUCGGGAUCAGGUCCGGCACCGUUCCUGUUGAAGACGUACGAGAUGGUGGAUGAUUCAUCGACGGAGGAGAUUGUGUCAUGGAGCUCCACCAACGACUCCUUCAUCGUUUGGAAUCCCUCCGAUUUCUCUCGCCUUCUUCUUCCCACCUUUUUCAAGCACAACAACUUCUCCAGCUUCAUCCGUCAGCUUAAUACCUAUGGAUUUCGAAAAGUGCACCCUGAGAGAUGGGAGUUUGCUAAUGAAGAUUUUGUGAAAGAUCAAAAGCAUCGUCUUAAGAAUAUUCAUCGCAGGAAACCUAUUCACAGUCACACUCAUCCUCCGGGUUCUGUUGUGGAUCCUGAAAGGUCCGCAUUUGAGGAACAAAUUGAAAAACUUUCACACCACAAAACUACUAUUGAAUCCAAUAUAUUUCGCUUCAAACAACACCAUUCAGCUGCAAAGGGUCAUCUUGAAGAUCUACGCCAACGAUUAGAUGCUAUGGAGAAGAGGCAGAAAUAUUUGCUCAACUUCUUUGAAAAAGCGCUUCAGAAUCCUACUUUUGUUGAACGAAUUUCUCGUAAGAUUGAGUCCAUGGAUUUGUUGGCAUAUAACAAGAAAAGGCGAUUGCCUCAACUUGAUGAUCAUCACUUGCAACCUGUUUCUGACAGUAAUGGAAUGGAAUUUAGAAAUAUUUCUCAUCAGGAUUUCACCAAUAAACUCACACUGGAAUUGUCACCAACUCCAACUGUUUCUGAUAUAAACUUGGUCUCAUGUAGCACACACAGUUCAAAUGAAGAUGGAGAAAGCCCACAUAAGAUGCUAUCUGAAGGAGAGCCAAUACAACUGCAUACUACAACAUUUGCACCUGAAACAGCAAUAGAGCUUGCAGAAGAAAAUGGAGCAUCUUUUACUUUUAUAGAUUCAUGUUUAUCACGAGCAGCAACAGCUACUGAGUGCCCCAAAGCAAACUCAUUGGAACCGAAUUGUGAAGAAGAUGACAGUUAUAUAUCCUGCCUUUUAAAUCUAACUCUGGCAUCUUCUCCAUUACAAGUGAAGAGAAAUUCAUGCCCAGAUAGAUCACCCCACAUAGACUGUCAAGAAAUUGUUGGCAAAUUGGCAGAAUCAAAAUUUUGUGCCAAUGAUGAUAAAGAUUCUGAUGUUGGAGCUUCUUCAAGCAGAAAUCUGACAAACGAGGUUACUAAUUUAGCUUCCUCACAUGAAACUCCUACUCCUAGUAACAACCAAGGGACCCCAUCUGCUCCAGUUAGAGUAAAUGAUGUGUUCUGGGAACAGUUCCUUACUGAAAGACCAGGAUGUUCGGACAAUGAAGAGCCUAUGCCGAACUACAAAGCAAAUGCAUAUGCUGAGCAAGAUGAAGGGCGAUCACUUUGUGGAAUCUCUGGAAACGUUGUGAAUAUGGAUCAUCUCACACUCUGAGCAUCUUGUCUUGGACCCCCACUAGUUUUAUUAAUGGUAUGCGAGAUUUGUAUGAUAAACAUACUAUAAUUUGAAAAUUGUGUAAAAUAUUAUGCCUAUUUUGUGUAAAAUGUGGAUAGUACGUGUUUGCCUUGGGCACUGAAUCACAGAUGUAUGUAUAUAAGGUACUAAUUAGCUACUUGGGGAGUUUUUAUAGAUAUCAAUGUUUUCAAUGGUUUUCAUGGAUAUUAAUUUGCUUCUCUGUGAAAAAUUGCGUGGCUUUUGAAUGGAGUGGAAGGUGGCGGAAUGCAUACUUGUUCUACAUGUUGAUUGCCACUCUAAGUAAAGUGAAGUGCGAUGUGACCCUCAUCACUGCACUGAAUCUCUUUUCACAUUUAUCUUCUGAACUGAAAAAAAACAAAUACAUUCUCACUUUAUUCUAUUGUUUCUCAUUUCAAUUUCAAUUAUAAAUCAUCUGUCAUAAUAUGAUGGAAAGUUUUGGUGACAUCAGCAACCGAUACAUCUUCUAACUGGAGCACGGUAUAAAUGAACAGAAUGCAAUGCAUGAUGCUAUUUUGAUCGCAAUUGCACUCAUUGUUAAGUUGAUUAAGACUGCUGAGCACAAUAAUGAAGAUCUUAGGCCAUUAUAUAUCUGAAGAAGCUGAAAAACAGUUAUUUGUUACCUUCUUCUAACCAUAUAACACCAUUAUUGGUAGAAGCUGAAAAAUACUCUCACGAGCGUGGAAACGUACGCACGUGACACGUCUAAGGCUGGAGGAUGCAAAAGCAAAACAUAUACGAUUAAAAACUGAUUUAUGAAUUUUGACAAAUAAACACAACCUAAAUUGAAAAAUACAAUUAAAUAAGAGAAGUGACCAAACAAAAUUAAAAAAGGAAAUACAAUUGCUCUUGUGCUUGUUCAGUUGGCUUGCUUCAUUUUCACUUCUUCUUGCUAUUCUUUUUGUCGACAUAUUGAUUAGGAAGAGGGUAGAUCUGGCACGAUAAAAAGAAAAGAGGGUCUAUUGUACUUUUUGUCUUUUUUUUCUUGUUUAUAACUCUGAAUUUUGUUAUAUAUUCAGUCAGAUGUUUGGUUGAUCUUAGCUAUUUCAAUUUAACUUUAUCUAUUUCUUAUUCUUUCUCUGUUCCACCUUUUUUGUAUAUUUCAGUUUUCUGUGUAGCCUUUUCGAAGCAGUGAAAUUGUCGUUUUUCUCCCCUGUGAGAAUCCUAACAUCCUCUCUUGUUGUCCUCAAUAUUUUUUUCGGUACUUUGUGUUCAAUAAUUUAGUCUACAUAUCUGUUUUAUUUUAUUUAGGCGUCUUUUGUUUUGUCCUUAUUUAAAUGUAUGGAUUUUAUUUUUGGUGGGGUGGUUUUGAGUCAUAAAAUGGCUUUUCAUAUGAAGUUUUUUUUUUUACUAAAGCAAAUAAAAUUCACUUUAAUUAUUUCUAUAUUUUAAUGGAAGAAAAAUCAAAUUUUGAUUAUGAUUUGAGAGAUGGUUCUAAUAUGCCAAAAAAAAAAUAGUUUUAUUUCUAUUGCGUUGUUGAUACAUUAAGUAUUCAAAUAUAUUCGAAAUGGAUGAAAUAUAAUUUGCAACACAUAUGAUGGUCUCUAAAUAUAUAGGCAAUUAAGAUUAAAUAUUUUAUUUUAAAAUAUCAACUUUAUAGGUUCUUAAAAAUAUGAGUUAAUAUUUCUUAAUAAUUGUGUAAAUAACAUUAUUCUAUUUACCCUGUUCACGUGCAUAACUAAUUUACUUCCUUCUUGUCUCUUUUGAGUUCUGUUCUAUAAUAAGCAAUACCUUACUUAUCGAUGCUAUGAUUCCUAUAGGAGGAAGGGAGGUGUUUUAAAAUAUCAUAAACUACUUUUCUACAUUUUAACCUGUAUUAUUAUCGAUUACAAAAAAUUAAGAAAAAAGAUACAUC